GUAAUACUAUAGAUUCUAGAAAGGAUACAUCGUAUGUACAUACAUCUAUAAACUGAAUUUAUGACUGUUGAGAGACACUGCUUUAAAACACGUGUUGGCAUUCGGGUUAAGAUUUUUUGACAACUAGAAACUCUUGAAAAUAGUAAUAAAAUCGUGCCGGUUACAACAACGAACGGAUAAGGUAGUAAACAUUUUUAACUGUAUUUAAAUACAAAACGAGAUUUCUGCCAUGGAAAAUGAAAGUGUUGAUCCAAAUAAUGCUACUCGUAAUAGAGAUGGAAAAGGCUUCAGAAAGGAUAACCGUUUCAAAAAAGAUUUCAGACAGAAUCGAGAUUCACGCUACGGACAUCAUAGAGAUAACACUAGUAGGAAACCUUUCAAACGCAACUGGUCAAACACUCAGAAUGAUGGGAAAAGGAAAAGAUUAGAAAUUGGAAGUCGAUUAAAAGAACAUGAUGUUGGUAUUACAGAAUUCAUAGGGAGUGAAGGAUUUUUUGGUGUAAUUAAAGAAAGAUAUACAGAUUUUCAUGUUAAUGAAAUUACCCUUGAUGGGCAAGUAGCUAAAUUAACUAAUCAAGACAUUCCAAAAGAUUUAUCAGAAAAUGAAAAUAUAGAAGAUUUAAAGCACACAAUAUCAGACAUAAUAUGGGAUCAACUGCAAACAUUAAAAGAUCCAGAGUCCUCUCCCAUAGAGAUAGAUGUAACAAAUGUGAAUAAGGAUCAACGUAGAGCAAUUCAUACAAUUGCUAAACGAAUAACAAAUGUCAUUAGCCAGACAAUAGACAAAGAAAAUAAGAAGAUUAUGAUUAUUUUACGAGAUAAACAGGAUAACAAAUCUAAUCAUAAUUUCCGAAGAGAUACCCGGGUAGAUUGGAAAAAACGUGGUGAAUAUUGUUACUUUGUAUUACACAAAGUUAAUAUGGAUACAAUGGAUGCUUUAAAUCAGUUGGCUAUGAAUUUACGUAUGAAAUCAAAUAAUUUUAAUUAUGCUGGAACAAAAGAUCGUAGAGCAUGGACUACUCAAUGGGUUAGCUUAAAAAAGACAGAACCAUCAGACAUAUUAAGAGUAGCAAGAAGCGUACGUGGAGCAUAUGUGGGCAACUUUAAAUUUAUGAAAGAACCUUUAAAAUUAGGUAUGCUCAAUGGCAACCACUUUAAGAUUGCUUUAAGGAACGUAAAUGGAACAGAUGAACAAAUUGAAAAUACAAUGGUUUCUUUGAAGAAUAACGGUUUUAUCAAUUAUUAUGGUCUCCAAAGAUUUGGCUCUGUAGUUACGAUUCCAACUUAUGAAAUAGGGAAAGCCUUACUUCAGAGUAAAUGGAACGAAGCGAUCGAAUUAAUUUUGAAACCUAGAGAAGGGGAACAAGAUAGAGAUUUAGCAGAAGCUAGAAAUAUAUAUGCAACGACCAAAAAUGCAGCUGCUGCUUACAAACACAUUAAGAGAUGUGAUAAAAUAGAGGCAAUACUUUUGCAAGGUAUUUGCACAGCUGGUAAUAAUAAUCCUCAAGGAGCCUUAGAUGCUUUACCAAGAAAUGCGCGCUUAAUGUAUAUUCAUGCUUAUCAAAGUUUGGUGUGGAAUCAUAUGGUAUCUAGACGAAUAAAAGAAUUUGGACGGAAACCUAUAGUAGGAGAUUUAGUAUACGAAAAUCGUAGUAAAGAAAGUGAUAAUGAAAACGAGGAGUUUGUCUACAAUGAAAAUGUAGGUCAAACUGAAAAUCAUGCAGAGUCUGAUGAAAAAGACAGUAAAUUUAAUUGUGAAAGUACAGGUAUGGACACUGAGGAAGGACUUGGUAAAGUAUCUGCAGAUGCAACAUGUGGUCCAAUUAAAGAGGUAACAGAUGCUACAGAGUGCUGUCUAAAAAUUAAUGAGAAUAUUAGAGGAGAUAGAACUGUUAAUGAGAAAAAUGAAGACGACGAUUUGCGCAACCUUCCAGGAGUGAAAAUCCUCGAAGAAGAAGAUUUACCCAAUUAUACUUUAGCAGAUGUAUUAAUGCCACAAGUUGGCUGGAAAGUUACAUAUCCGACUUAUGCUAAACCAUGGUAUGAUGAAUUUUUAGCAAGAGAUGGAUUGACUACAGACCUCAGGCAAAAAAAUAAGAAAUACAGUUUAGGUGGCGCGUAUAGAAAAAUAUUGGAAAUUCCUACAAAUUUAUCUUGGAAAAUCAUGCAUUAUAAAGAAAAACAUAGUGAUCUCAUUUUGUGUGAUAUUGACGAAAUGAGAAAGCAAUUACCACCGGAAGAUGAUCUAGAGGGACAGUAUAAAGCACUGAUUGUUGAAAUGUCUUUGAAAUCAUCUACAUAUGCAACAAUGGCAUUGCGAGAAAUAUUAAAAUUCGAUACAUCUCCGCAAGCACAAGCUGCCCAAUCUGCCGCAUGCAAUGCGGAGUUAGGAAACUGUGAUAUUUUAGAAGAUUGUUCACAACCUGAAAAACAAACUUCUACACAAGAUAAUAACAAGAUUGUUGAUGAAGAAAAGACUGCGAAAAUAGAGGAAAAAGAAAUAAGUAAUCCUGAUAUACUUGAAGAAAGUAAGCAGGAAAUAACAUCAGAGACUAAUGCAAUGUAGCUCUGUAAUAUAUUGCUGAAGUAAUUAGGAAUUCUCUACUUCUUAAAUCCUUUGAAUAUGCGAAGAAAAGAUAUAACAAAUUGAUAUAUGCUAUUUCAUACAAAUUGAACUAAUUUCGUUUAUAAACAUACGUUUGCGGCUUUUUUACAUGUUAAAAAGAUUUGUAAUAUUGAGCUUAAUAAAGUAUAGUAAAUUACAACACUCA